AUGGCUGACAAACAAAUCUACUACUCGGAUAAAUACUAUGACGAUACGCACGAAUAUAGGUACAGUAUGAUGUUUAUAUUAUUUUUUAUUUUAGAUAGUUAGGUGUUGGUAGGUAAUACCAGUUCGAGUGUUCUAUUUAUAUAAUGUAUAUUAUAGGGAUGUUCAAAUCAUUUUCAUAAUUAUAAUUUAAGUACCUACUGAAAUUGGUGACUUGCAGACUAUAAGUACCUACUGUGUGGUUGUUGGCAAGUAGUUAUACUCAUUAACGCAACCAUGGGGAGGUUUCGAUUGUUGUAACCUUCCCCUCAUCACUUUAUUUAUUUUAGCAAAUAGUAAGGUUAAAAAGGUUGUACUUCUAAACUCCCUAAUUCUCCUUCAUUGAUAAAUUCUGGUUAUGGCACUAAUCAUACUAACCCAUAUUAAUAAAAGUAAUAUGAUGUACCUAUCAAUUUGUGUUACAAAACAUUUUUAUUGGGUAAAUUGUGAAUGUGUGCAAUGUACUUAAUUAUAAUGUAAUUUUUUAAUUUGAUUUAAGUUCAUUUUACUGUGCCCCUUAAGAAUUUCAAUAUUAUUAUUUUUUUUUAUAAUAAUUAUUAUUUAUGUCUUGACACUGAUUUUGAUAAUUUUUGAGUUUUUUGUAGAAACCAUUAUUAAAGAAGCUAAUGCAAAAAAUUUUGUGUCUUGGGCCUUUAAAGAAACAUUAUUUUUGAUUUAGUUGCGAAACGAACUCAUGAAGGUCAUUGAAAGCCUAAUUUCUUGUUUUUCAUUUUAUAUAUUUUUUAUUAUUUCUAAUACCUAUUAAAUUAAAAAAAAACCGUAAAAAUUAGGAUGUUAUUCCACAUAUUAUUCAUAUACUACUUAACCCAUACUUACCCAAAAUCUUCAAAUUAUUUAAAAGUUCUAAAAUAUUAGCUAAAAAGUUGUUUUUAAUUUUAAAUAUCUACCUAUAGCAUUUUAAAUUUUUUUUAAGUUUUUAAUGUUUUUUGUCAUUAUUAACUUCUUUUAUAGUGGUUCCUGCAAAAUAGAUUCAAACUUUUUCUUUGUCAAUGUCAAAAUACAUGUUUAAAAAAAAUCAAUUUGAAAUUCGUAAGUGAUGUGAUGUACAUUAGCUUCUAUAAUUUGAUAGUAUUUAGUCAAAAUGUUUAAGACAAAAUAACCAAAAUUUUAAAUCUAUACCUAAUAUAAUAAUAGGUACUUAAAUAUAUUUUAAACACAUUUCAAUGACACUAAAUGUUGGUUGGUUAAAUAUAAUAUAUGUUAAGAAACCAUAAACAUGGCAUGCUUGUAAAGAGAGCUUUCCUAACUGGUUUAUUACUAAUACCUAUCAUUCAAUUAGUUUUAUAUUGUUUGUAUUUUUAUUUGAUAAUUCUACCCUAUGUAUUAGUUAGGCACAUUAAUCAUAAUGCAAUAUAAAAACUGAGGUUAUUAGGUACAAAUUAUAAUUAUUAAAUAUUAUGAGGUAUGUACAGAAAAUGCAUAUACAAUUAAUAGUGAUAUAAUAAUAAUUCAAUUAAAAUUUUAAGUUGAAUGAAGUAGGUAUAUUAAAUAAAAACAAGUAAUGUAGUAAUGUACUUACUAAUAGGUAAUUAACCAUUUUAAGUAGGAACUUAUUUAAUGUUUUUGUAUUAUAUUAUACCUACCAUCUAUAGAUUCUAUUUUGUAUGUAUAUAUAUAUAUUUUUUUUUUUAAAUUUAGGCACGUAGUUUUGCCUAAAGAAAUGGCGAAGAGUAUACCUAAAACACACUUACUCUCAGAAGAUGAAUGGAGAUCAAUUGGAGUACAACAGAGCAAAGGUUGGAUACAUUAUAUGAUCCAUGAACCUGGUAAUUAUUAAUUUUAUAUUAGACAUUUAUUUUUAAACUAUCAAAAAAAACAUUUUCAAAUUUCAUCUUUAAACUCUAUGUAACUACAUAAAUUUCCAUAGCACUGCUUUUAAGCCAAAAAAUUGAGCACAUUCUGUAAGUCUCAAACCUUCAGGUAUUAGUUGGGGAGGUAAAUUUAUAAUUAAUAUUUUAAAAUUUAAAUAUGGAAAAAUAUAACUACUGAUAGAAGAAAAUUAUUUGGAUACUUAUUAUAAUAUUCUUGAAAAUUAAUAGGAUCAGGCUUGAUUAUGUCUAUUUCAAAACAUAAUUUCAAUUAAAGUUUUUACAUAAGUUGUAACUGUAAUAUAGAUAAGAUUUACUUUUUAUUUAAGUUACUUUAAAAGUGUUUAACAUUUUUAAUAGUACAUAAAAAUAUAUUUGAAUAUACUGUACAUUUGUUUAAAUCCAUGCAUAAAUAAUUGAACUUGUCUGAAAAAUAAAAUUAUGAAUAAUUUUGGGAUACACGGGGUUGUAAGAUAUAAUAUGGUGUAGUAUAAAAUACAUAUUAUAAUUGCUAAGAUUUAAACAAAAAAACAAAGAACAACAUGAACAUAUAAAACUGUUAUCUUAUAUGUGAAAUGUAUAACAUGUUUUAUGCGUGUUUAUUAUCAUUUCUUUGCAGUGAUUUUUGUUUUAUUAAACCGAAAUUUUAAAUUAUUAUUUAAAAUAAUAUAAUAUAUUAAUAUAGGUUUAUAGUUAUAGUAUAGUUAUAGCUAUAGUUAUUUAAAUAUCGAUAAUAUUACAAUUUUUUAGGUAUGUGUAUUUAUGUAUUUACAAAUUAUAAAAAAAAUAUUAUUUUAAUUAGUUUAUUAAAAUAUUAUAAUGAGUCCAUCAAUCAAAAUAGAGCAAUAAAAAACAAAUGAAAUACAUAUGAAUAAUAUUAAAUUAAUAUUAUAUAUAUAUUUUUUUUUAUCAUUUAGCUGAUAUGAUUUAAUUUAAUGAUUAUUUUGUUUUCUUACAGAGCCUCACAUUUUAUUGUUCAAGAGACCACGGACCAAUUGA